UUACAUUUGACAGAUUUAGCAUGUUGUUAGAAGCUCGCAGUGCGGGCUGUUGAUAAUCAAAAGCACGUACAUAAUAACCAACUACGUGACUACUCGAAAACCAAUUUACCCUAACUCUUGAUUGCGCUUAUGUUCCGUUUAGGAAGAAUUUCUUCGUGAUUAUUCGCAAAUCAUGCUGAGCGUCGCGUGCAUUCCCCUACCUGUGAUUGAUUCUUUUAUCACUAACAGCAACGGUUUCUUAAAACUGAGAAACCGCCCUCUUACUCUGGAAGUCUAGGACUUAGAAAAUAAGGAGAUGCCGACUGACAUACCGCGAGACUACACCUGCGACACCGUUGACUCAUGUCAGACAUCUUAGGGAUGUAUGAUAGCCAAAUCCAGCACCAAACCAAUGAAAUAAAUGAUAUCAACGACUUGAUUUACAAAUAUCCGUCCUAACAGCAAUGCGAGCGACAUUCCCAACAUUCUUUCGCCGAGAAUUGCGCUGCAGGCCCUUCGUCCUUGCCCUUACAGACCCCCACCAAAGCAACGUCCUUGUCGACAGAGACUGGCACUUCACCUCGAUCGUCGACUUGGAAUGGCGGUGUUCUAAGUCAAUUGAGAUGAUACAGCUGCCCUACUGGCUUACAGACGAGUCAGUGGAUCUAAUGCGUGCAGCGGAAUACGAUGAGAUUCGACGAGAAUUCAUGGAGUCUUGCACGGCUGAGGAGGAGCGUUUUUUUCCGCUGCUGGCAAAAAAGGGUUGUACAGAGUGGUUUGUCAGCUGUUAUGGAACAGGCAUGGAAAAGGCGGGCGUCUUGGUAUUCUCUUGCGCUUAUGUCUCCAACGGUCUGUUUUCUUUGCUCUACAAUCACAUUCAAACCCCUCUAACAGUAAAGGCUACUGUUCAUGAAGCUUUUUAUGAAGUUAUGCCAUGAUAUUGUAAACUUGAGAAUUUUCAUAUUCUGAGACGCAAAACGCCCAACUAAGGCAAGCCUGUUGAGUAUGUUUCUGACGACAACAACGACAACAGUAAAAGCAAAGGCAAAGAAAACCCACAAAUAGAUAC